AUGGGAGCUCUGCUUCAAUCCUCUCCUCAAGAGGAAGUUCAAGAAAAUGCAAUUACAAAUCGACUGACUGGACUAGUAAAUCAAAUAGAUAACCAGAAGUCAAAUCAAGAAGAGAAAGCCAAACGACCGGCCGUUGUCUUCAAAGAAAAAGUUUUUAUCCCGAGGGAAAGUUUGAUCACGUAAGUUUAAAAUUUUGAAUUUUGAUUAAUUUUAAAUAUUAGACGCUUUUAAAAAUAAUUUUGAGAUUAUAGUCAACACUGGGAUGGCACAGCUGGACUGUUAUUCAACUUCUUCUCGGCUUGGUUUAUUUUAUGUGGGUUUGGAACAGCAGCCUUCGACUUGAUCAAUCAUCAGAAGUAAGUCAUUUUGAAUUAUUUUUUUAUACAUUUAGGCAUCAAAUAGCUAUAAGCCUAGCCUUAGCCCAGAGCCAUAGCUCGAGUUGAGAAACGGACUGGUCUUGAGUUAAAUUUAGGUCGGGCCUUAACCUUGGGCCCCAGGCCUAAGCUGAGCCUCAAAAGUGGGUCAGGCCCAGAUCGUUUCUCACUCCAAGCCCUAGCUCUAAGUCUUAGCUUAGCCAUAGCUUAGAGCCGUAGCUCCAGCCCUAGCCCAGAACCCUAACCUAAAGCCCUAGCCCAGAGCCCUAGCCCACAUCUCUAGCCCACACCAGAGCCCUAGCCUUUUAUCUGGUUUGCCCUGCCGUGCCUUUCCAUGACUUGCAUUACCUCAGCCUUUUCAUUGCCCUAGCUGUAACACAAAAUCUAGCCUAAAUCGUACUCUAAUUUCCGGCCUAGCCUCGGCCCUAACUUGAGCUCUAGUUUGAGUUUUAGACCGGGCCUCAGCCUUAACUACGAAGCUCAAGCCUUCUAACUGUAGCCUAACACUGUUAUUUCAGCCCUCUAAACCAUUUCUGGCUGAUCCAAUGGAACUUUUCCCAGUUCUUCCUAACCAUGUUCAUAUGGUCCUGUAUGUACGUAUCCACUAUCUUUUUUGGCUACAAUGGUCUAAAGUUAUGGACCUUGAUUCCAGCUAAAUCUGUGACAUUUUCAAAUCAAAAAUUAUUCUUGGGCUUGUACUUUGGCUAUCUGAUCUCAUUAUUCUACUUUCCAUUGGUUUUACUCUUCAAAUACGAACUCAACUGUGCUUGUUCUUUCAUUAUCACUUGCGAAAAUGUAAGUUUUUUUAUCUUGCCCUACCCUAUCCUACCCACCCUACCCUACCCUACCAUACCCAACCUUGCCCUGCUUUAUACUACCCUACGCCCCCUUUAAUCUAUCCUACCCCAAAUUUUGUUUUUGUUUAUCAUUUACCCUGCCUUACCCAACUGUCUUUUUUUCAAAAUUUACCCCAAUCCUGUCCUGUUCAAGCCUUGAACUUACCCUGCUCAAAACACCUUUACCAUACCUUACCCAACCUAAAACGCUCUUUUUUUAUUAUCGGCCUUCAAAGAAAUUUUACCUUGACUUUCAAUAUCUUACCCUGCCUCUUCAAAAAAUUUACCCUGCCCGUAAAAAUUCAUCCUGUCGUUUAACAUUUGACUUUAUCCUUUGAAACCAGCUUUACCGUGGCCAAAACACUUACCAUGCCCUUAACCAAUUUACAAUCCUACCCCCUUGUUACGCCUAAAAAAUUUUACCAUGCCCGUAAAGAAUAUCCUACCCUUUAACACUUGAGCCGAUUAAAAACCGUUUUUACCCUGCUUAAUACAUUCACUAAUUCACCAUACCCUAAACAAUAUUACAAUCCCCCCCCCCUCCUUCUCUUUUUUGAUACGCCUAAAAAAACUUUUACCAUAUCCGUAAAAAAAAGUUCACCUUGCUCUUUAACACUUGAUCCUAUAGUUUCUAUUGUAAUAAUUUACGUUGCCUUUAUAAAAUCUUUUCAUAAAUCCAAGAAAAAUAUACCCUGCCCUUAAAAACACUAGUAAAAGUCUUUUUUAAAUCAAUUUUAGACCCGUCUAGUAAUGAAAGUUCACUCAUUUAUGAGAGAAAACCUGGCCAAAUUGAUAAAAUACAAGAAAGAACAAGCUGAAAAAGGAUUGUCAAUCAAUGAAGCCUUCAGUCAAAGGGAUAAUAUGCAAUUCCCAACUCUACAACAAUAUGUUUUCUUCACUUUCGCUCCGACUUUCAUCUACAGAGAUCAAUAUCCAAGGUAAAAACGGCAAUAACUUUCUUUACAAAACAGAAAAUGGCAAGAACUUUCUUUACGAAACAGAAAAUGGCAAAAACUUUCUUUACAGAGCUUGAUAUGGCAAUAACUUUCUUUACAGAGUUUGAUAUGGCAAUAACUUUCUUUACAAAGCUUAAAAUGGCAAUAAAUUUCUUUACAGGGCUUAAAAUGGCAAUAACUUUCUUUACAGAGCUUGAUAUGGCAAUAACUUUCUUUCCAGUCGAAAUCAUGUCUUUUCAGAACAGAUUCAGUAAACUGGAACCGUGUAGCUCGUAUCUUCGCCCACUGUCUCUUAUCGAUCUAUGUUGUGAACCUAAUGUUCAUCAACUUUAUCCGACCUCGUUUCAUUGAUGUUGACUAUAAGAAACAGUCGAUUCCUGAGCUAGUCUACCACAUUUUCCCAUCUGUCAUUCCUGGUGGAGUAUGCUUGAUGAUGUUGUUCUAUGGCCUACUACAUUCGUGGCAAAACAUGUUCGCCGAAGCUUUGCGCUUUGCUGAUCGACAGUUUUAUGAUGUGAGUUUAGUAUUAGUAGGCUUAUGCUUAGAUUUGGUAGACUUGGACUCAAGUUAAUAGGCUUAGGCUUAGUAGGCUUAGGCUUAGUAGGAUUAGGCUUAGUAGGCUUAGGCUUAGUAGGCUUAGGCUUAAUAGGCUUAGGCUUAGUAGGCUUAGGCUUAGUAGGAUUAGGCUUAGUAGGCUUAGGCUUAGUAGGCUUACGCUUAGUAAGCGUAGGCUUAGUAGGUUUAUGCUUAGUAGGCUUAGGCUUAGUAGGCUUAGGCUUAGUAGGCUUAGGCUUAGUAGGCUUAGGCUUAGUAGGCUUAGGCUUAGGCUUAGUAGGCUUAGGCUUAGUAGGCUUAGGUUUAGUAGAUUUAAGCUUAGUAGGCUUAGGCUUAGCAUUCUGACGUUUUGGUUCAGGCUUAGUAUGAUUAAGCCUAGAAGACUUACAAUUAGGCUUAAAAUUAUAAAAUUUUUCUUACUCAACAAGGCUUUUUAGAACUGGUGGAACUCGCGGAACAUGGCCGAAUACUAUCGUGAUUGGAAUCUGACUGUUCAUGACUGGCUUUAUGCUUAUGUUUACAGGGAUCUUUCAAUAGUAAGUUCGAGAAAGGCACUAUUUUUUUGUAUUUUAGGUAACAAAAAUAAUUUUUUUUAAUUUUAGGUAACAAGAAUUGUGUUUUUUAACAUUUUAGGUGACAAAAAAUGUAUUUUUUAUCAUUUUAGGUAACAAAAAUAGUAUUUUUUCGCUUAAGUAAGAAAAAUUCAAAUUUUUCAUUAUUUUAUGUAACAAAAGUUUUAUUUUUAGCGUUUUAUUUAGGUAACAAAAAUUUUAUUUUUUAUUAUUUUAGGUAACAAAAACUCAAAUUUUUACUUUUAUAAGUAACAAAAAUUAAAAUUUUGAAAAUUUUAGGUAACAAAAAGCCUAUUUUUUAUUAAUUUCAAUCUUAAAGAUGAUAUAUUUCAGCAUUUUAGGUAACAAAAACUUGAUUUUAAGCCCAACACCACUUAAAAAAUUUAAAAAAACCCUCAAUUUCAGCUCACCGGCAACUCGAAAACCGGCCGAAAAGUGGCUCAAAUGACGGUUUUCUUCCUUUCGGCCGCGUUCCACGAGUACUGGUUCGGCGUCUCGCUACGUUUGUUCUACCCAAUCAUGUUCAACUUGUAUUUUGUCUGUGGUGGCAUCUUCUUCCUCAUCUCUCGCUUCAUCAGUUCGGCCAGUAUUUGGAAUCUGAUGAUGUGGUUCAACUUGCUGAUUGGUACUGGAAUGUUCGUCUCGUGCUAUGCGUCCGAAUGGUACGCUCGGCAACAGUGUGAGCCGUACUUUAGUAGUGUGGUAUUGGAUACGAUUGUGCCGAGGGUGUGGACUUGUGGCAUGUAA